UGUCAAAAGUUGUGACAACUCCCUUGACGUGUCGAAUAUUUGGGUUAACACGAUUACAUAUUUCACUAUUUUAUGCCCUGAUUUACUGUGUAUUUUAAGAGUGGUGUAUGGUGUCAGAAGGCAAAUAGAAGAACUACGAUGGAUUUCUUGAAGAGCGGCUUAAAAACCGUUCUGGGGGCGCCGGAGCCCGGUCAAACUCCGUCGGGUGCAGAAACGGUGGAGCGUCUAGUGGACCGCGUGAACAACUCCACUUUGCUGGAAGACCGGCGGGAUGCGUGCCGCGCGCUGAAGGCCAUGUCGCGCAAGUACCGCGUCGACGUGGGCGCGCAUGGCAUGGACACACUUAAACAGGUUUUAGAGCUAGACCGAGCAGACAACGAGACCAUAAACUACGCCCUAGACACCCUCAACAACGUGAUGUACCCCACACAGUUCGAGGAGGAGGAAGACAACCCUCACGUGCCCAUGAACAUCGGGGAACAGUUCACCGAAAUGUUCAUCAAGGACCACCACAACAUACAACUAGUUCUAGACUUGCUAGACGAGUUCGACUUCAGAGUUAGACUAUCCGCUGUACAGCUGCUGACUUCGCUACUAACUAAUAGACCGAAGGAUAUACAGGAGAUCAUUCUAGUGAAACCGAUGGGGGUAUCCAAAAUGAUGGAUCUACUAGGAGACCCACGGGAAGUGAUCAGAAAUGAGACGCUGCUACUACUUAUUAAGCUUACUAGAGGAAAUGCUAAUAUACAGAAGAUAGUCGCGUUUGAAAAUGCAUUCGACAGACUGUUUGAUAUUGUGUCGACGGAAGGUUUCUCCGACGGAGGGAUUAUUGUAGAAGACUGUUUGUUAUUAAUGUUGAAUCUUUUAAAAAAUAACAGCAGCAACAUUAACUUCUUUAAAGAAGGCAGCUAUAUUCAGAAGAUGUUACCAAUGUUUAACACUCCGGAUGAAUCGGAGGACUACGGCUGGUCCCCGCAGAAGGUUUCAAACGUCCACUGCAUGCUACAAAUAGUUAGGACUUUAGUGUCACCGAGCAAUGCGAUUCAGAUUAUAUCAAAUUGUCAAAAGAUUAUGAAAAACGUUGGGUUGUUAGAUGCUUUAUGCAAUAUUCUGAUGGCGAGUGGUGUGCCAGCGGAUAUACUGACAGAAACUAUAAAUACAGUGGGGGAAGUGAUAAGGGGGGAUGUGGUGAAUCAGGAGUUCGUGGGAAACGUGAUGGCGCCGUCGAAUCCGCCGCGGCCCGCCAUCGUGGUGCUGCUCAUGUCUAUGGUCAAUGAGAAACAGCCGUUUUCUUUAAGAUGUGCCGUGCUAUACUGUUUCCAAUGCUACCUAUACCACAAUGAGAUGUCCCAAGCAAGUUUAGUGCAAACGUUACUGCCUUCCUCCUCCGACGUAUCAAGUCUCACCAGUGGUCAUCUGUUAUGUGGGGGUCUUUUCUCUUCCGAUGUGCUCUCAAACUGGUUCGCGGCCGUGGCGCUCACGCACGCGCUCAUCGAGAACCCGGGCCAGAAGGAGCAACUCCUGCGAGUGUUGUUGGCGACCAACAUCGGGAGUGCACCGGUGUCCUUGUUGCAUCAGUGCACGCUCACCUUGCAGCAGACUACUAAACUGCAGCCCAAGGUUGCCCUUCUAAUGUUGGUCUCGCAAUGGACGGCGCAUUGUCCGGCCGCGGUGAGCGCUUUCCUUAAAGUGCCCGGCGGAGUGGGAUACCUAGUCAACCAAACCUGCUCCAAUGAACAUGACGAAAAUGAAUACUUACUACAAGGUCUCUCAGCAUUCCUCCUAGCCAUUUGCAUACACUUCAACGACGAUUCCGUAGAAAACUACUCCAAAGACUCACUGAAACAGCUCCUAUUAAAGCGGAUAGGCAUCGAAACCUUCACGGCGAAACUGAGCGAAGUGACGAAACACGAGCUUUAUAAUAAGGCGGCGAAACACCCGCAGUUGAGGGUGAAAAUGGCCUCGGAGAUACUUAUCGAUUAUGAGUUCUGUAGGCUGUUUAAGGUGCUGGAAAGUGUAGUGACCCAGAGUCUAACAGUGAAACAAGAGAACGGCACCGCUGAACCAGAGCGCUCAUCCCCCGAUGACGCUACCUUAGAACAGUACAAGAACCUGAUCCGGCAGCAAGAUGCGAGACUACAGCAGCUGAUGCAGCAAGUCGAGGGGCUCAUACAGCAUAAUAACCAGCUACAGAGCGCCCUCAACGACUCAAUAGCCUCAAACUCUCACCUCAAAGACGAGAACACCCUUCUAAAAGCGCAAGUAUCCGCCCACCCAGUGCGAGGCACGUCGGACUUGGAGUACGAAGCCAGGCUCAACCAGCUAACGUUAGAGGUGACCAGGUUAAACGGGGAGCUGGGGAAGGCGCGGGAGGCGGAGGCGAUGGCAGUUCAGGAGUUCGAGAAGACGAAGAAGGAUCAGGAUGACUUGCUCGAGUUGUUGGCGGACCAGGACGCGAAGCUGAAUGAAUACAAAGCGAAGUUAGCGGCUCUAGGGCACCGCGUCGACGCCGAGCCCGCCCACAGCCGAGCGUAG